AUGACGACGGAAUCAAUGCGUGAUUUAAGAAUAUCGUUAAGAGACAGUAUGAAACAAUUAGAAGAGCGUGAAAAUAUAAUAAAUACACAAAAAAAUUUACUCGAUGAUAAAGAAAAUUUAAUACGUAAAAAAGAUGAAGUUAUUUCGAUGAAAGAAUCGAUAAUUAAAGAAAAAGACUCUUAUAUACAACGUUUAGAAAAUGAAUUAAUUAAAUAUGAUCCAGUUUUUGUUACAAGUGGACGUGUACAGAAUGAUGCAGAAAUACCACUAUCUCACAAACGUAUGAAACGAACGGCCAUUAGUGCCGAGCCGGCAGCUCACAAAAAAUCCAAAGAUCUUAGAGUCGUUUUACAAGCAUUUGAAAAAUCGGAUAGGACAAAAGAGUUUCUGAGGGACGCAAUAUUGAACAAUGAUUUUAUGAAAAAUCUUGAAAUGGAUCAGAUAAUGUCGAUUGUUGAUUGCAUGUACCCGUUGGAACAUAAAAUGGAGAGCUUAAUUAUUCGAGAAGGAGAUGUCGGCAACCUUGUUUACAUAAUGGAAGAUGGAACAGUCGAAGCAAUCAUGAUGAGAGCUGGUCUACAAAAACAAUCAGAACAUUUUGAACUCAUGAAAAAUAUCAAAAGUUUCGAAGGACUCAGGGAAGAUAUUUUGAGUAAAAUUGCUGAUGUUUUAGAUGAGGUGACUUAUGCAGAUGGAGAAUGUAUUGUGCGACAAGGAGCCAAAGGUGAUACAUUCUAUAUUGUCAGUAAAGGAAGAGUGCAAAUUACUCAGUCUCAAUCAAAAUGGGAUACCCCUGUGUUCAUCAAACAUUUGGAUCGUGGAGAUUCAUUUGGUGAAAUGGCAUUGCAAGAAGAAGAAACUCGAGCAUUCAAUGUAACUGCCGAUGAUGUAAAUGGUGUUGCAUGUCUUGUAUUAGAUCGACAAAGUUACAAAGAACUAAUGGCUGAUGAAAUAUCAAAAUUGAAACGUGGAGAAUCAGUAAAAUAUGCCAGAAAAAAUACUACAUUUAUAAGCGGUGAAGAUGAACGUGAUUUGAAAAAUUUACGACUUGCCGAUUUAGAGAUAUUAUCUACACUCGGCGUUGGUGGAUUUGGACGAGUUGAAUUCGUACGUGAUACACGUAAUUCAAAAGCAUAUGGACUUAAACAAAUGAAAAAACAACAUAUUGUGGCAAUGAAACAACAAGAACAUGUUAUGAACGAACGAAAUAUCAUGAUGGAUGCUCGAAGUGACUUUAUUGUCAGAUUGUACAAGACAUUUAAAGACAAAAAAUAUUUGUACAUGUUGUUGGAAAGUUGUUUGGGUGGAGAACUAUGGUCUGUUCUUCGUGAUCGAGGCUCAUUUGAAGAAUCUGAAGUUCGAUUUUAUAGUGCAUGUGUGAUAGAAGCAUUCGGUUAUCUCCAUAGUAAAGGAAUUAUUUAUCGUGACUUAAAACCAGAAAAUUUACUUCUCGAUCAAAAAGGAUAUUGCAAAAUGGUUGACUUUGGAUUUGCCAAAAAGGUUGGUCUUGGCAAAAAAACGUGGACAUUCUGUGGUACUCCAGAAUAUGUGGCACCCGAAAUAAUACUGAACAAAGGACAUGACAUGGCCUCGGAUUGUUGGUCUUUAGGUAUAUUAAUAUUUGAACUCAUUAACGGAAAUCCCCCAUUUACUGGAUCUGAUCCAAUGAAAACGUAUAAUAUUAUACUCAAAGGCAUUGAUGCCAUAGAAUUUCCACGAAAAAUAUCGAAAAUUGCUGCUUCAUUAAUCAAACGGUUAUGUCGGGAAAAUCCAGUGGAACGAAUUGGCUAUCAGAAGGGUGGUAUUAAAGACAUUCAAAAGCAUAAAUGGUUCGAAGGUUUUAGUUGGGAAUGUUUGCGGAAAGGAACGUUGUCUCCUCCAUUUACACCUAGAGUUAACACAGAUAUAGACACAUCAAAUUUCGAUGUAUUUCCCGAAGAUGAUUCUGGGAUACCAGACGACGAUUUAACUGGUUGGGAUAAAGAAUUUUGA